UUUAGCCGGAACCUGAUCACCGGAAGUUGAUUGAUAACCCUCGUUUCGUAUGCACGGUUAAAAACGGAUUGCAUCAACAAUGUGAUUUACAAUGGCAGAGGGUGGUAAAAGCACUGCUAUUUCGCCAGGUUGGAGUUCGUCGACGUUGUGCAGAUAUUUCGUACAUGGUGCAUGUCGAGAAGGGGAGAAGUGUAGCUACUCACAUGACAGACAGGACAAGCCAUCAAACGUCUGCCGGUUUUACCUGAAAGGAUCAUGUACUUAUGGAAACGGUUGCAGGUACGACCAUGUGAAACCAAAGUCAAAUUACCAUGAAAACACAUGGAUGCCUCCAUCAAACAAACCACCUCCCUUAAACUAUGGGGAGACAAAGCCUUUUGGGAACAUGGUAUCUCUUAAGAAAUCAAAAGAGGAUGUUGAAAUAGUGACGGUUGUGUCUCCGAGGCCUCCUGAUGAGUGGGUCAAAGCCACAGAGUUUGUACCUGGCCAACCAUACCAGUGUUCAACAGUGCCCUUCUCCUACUCCAACGCUGUGGAUACCAACAGAGACGGCCCCAAAGCUCUUAUCAUACAGGAAGGAAUGGAUCCCUACGCUGACCUGUCUAAACUGGUCUGUCCUUUCUUCGCCCAAGGUCACUGUCCGUACGAGGAAGACUGUGCCUAUAUCCACGGAGACAUAUGUGAAAUGUGUGGCAUGCCAGUUCUACAUCCCUCCGACCUAGACCAGCGGGAAAAACACAAUAGUGAAUGCAUGAAACAGCUAGAACAGGACAUGGAGUUAUCUUUCGCCAUUGCCCAAAGUAAAGACAAAGUCUGUGGUAUCUGUAUGGACACGAUACUGGACAAGGAGCCAAUGACGGAGCGACGUUUUGGUAUCAUGUCCAACUGUAACCAUACAUUCUGUCUCAGUUGUAUACGGAAGUGGAGGGGAGCCCGCCAGUUUGAAAAUAAAAUUGUCAGGGCCUGCCCAGAAUGUCGUGUGACAUCAGACUUUGUCACUCCCAGUAAAUACUGGGUGGAAAGUGAUGAGGAAAAGAAGAAGCUAAUACAGGGCUAUAAGAAAGCUCUUAGUGCUAAACCCUGUAUGUAUUUCAAGAAAGGAGAGGGUGAAUGUCCGUUCAACGAAAAGUGCUUUUACCUACAUGCAAACGAAGACGGCACAAUUGCAACACCAAAACCUCGACAACGACGACGAAGGCAAAAUGCAGAAGGAGAUAUAGACUUGAUUUCACAAAUGAGUUUAUGGGACUUCUUCGAGGAAAGACAGAACAGAGUUCUUUUACUGGAACUAGAAUCUGAAUUAGAUAAUUUAUUAUUAAAUCUUAGGUUAAGUGACAUUGACAGUGACAGUGACUUUGACGACUUUUGGUGAUUCUAUAUGUAUUCUUUGAGAACCCUUCUGGUUUUACCUAGGACUGAUUUCUAUCCUAUACAUAUAUCCUGUAUAUUAUCACAAAGUUCAGAUCAUUUAUCUACCAACCUUUGUUUUUUUAAUCAUGUUCAGCUUGUGCUAAGAAUUAAGUUAUGGAUGUACUACCUGCGAGAUAUUUUACAGUUGUCUCCCUUGAAAUUAUUCUUCAGCUUUAUCUCAUGAAUUCAGGUUUUAUGCAGUAGGAUCAAAACCUGCAUUCUUGUGUAACUCUGAAUCAGUUAAGGAUCCCAGGACCACUGCCAAAAAAUUGAACUAUACAUUGGAAUCUGUUUUUCUGGCAUAGCGAUAGCAUUGAUAAAUCGUUGUUGAAAAGAAAACCAUACCAUCCGGUACUUUUAUUUAAAAAAAAAAAAGUAAAUAUGAAAUAAACGAAAAAGAAUCAACAGUGUUCUCAGGGUAAAACACCAAUGGUGCCAGACAUGAAUUCAAACCUUCAAACAAUAAAAUCAAGGGGAGGCUACUGUAAGUACAAAAACUAUAAUAGAACCUCCAGUGUUUUGUCUGUAGUGGGACAGGAAUUCUUAUGGAGCAAAGUUUAAUUACAUUUGUAAAGUUUAAAUUACAUAUGUAAAGGAAUUUUUACAUGUUCCUCAGUAGGACACUCUUUAGGAAAGAAGAUGCAUAUCAGUUAAAGGUAGCAUGUACCCUUAAGGUCAGACUUGUUGACCCUCCCCACAUUCUUUGUCAGACACAGAAAUUGACGAUGUGACUGGCAAACUUUAAUGCAUCUUUGAGCUGAAACAUUUAAAUCUCCAGCAUUUUGACCUGCAUGACUCAAAAAUGCCAAGUUCUAGAAUUUUUAAAACCUGUACAGCAUUUUCCUUGGAGAGCAAAGGUUUUUCAUUACUCUGCAUUUAGUUACAUAUAGCAGUCAAAAAAUUGAAUACCAAACAAAGCUGUCAAUUGAAAAAAAAAGAAGAGUACCAACUCCUUUUGCCUGGUUGCCAACAUGUUUUAUAGACACAUGUAUGUGUGCCCUGACGAUGGCCCGCCAAGCAAGCCGAAACAUGUCGGCCACCAGCCUCCUGAUAUAUUGAGAGUAGAGGAUCUCUCGCAUUCCAGUGUAUUUUGGGGUUUGGAUUUCAUUUCAUUAUAAAAAAUAAAUGCAUAGAGUGUUUCUCAGCAAAGACGCCACUAUUAUCUAGGUAUUAACACUGUUAAUGUACAAAUGCUCUUUAUGUUUACUGGGAAAAAACAUAGACCUAACAGUAUCUAAUUACUGUUGUGGUUGACAGUACCCAGCACUAUCAGAUUACUGUAGAAAAGGAAAUGUUAUCACUAAGGCCAGUAAAUCAGUAAAAUUGUUAUUGUUGUAAUAUAAGGAAGUAAUUUUGAUUUUUAACCGUUGUCUUUUUGAAAUAUUUCCUGUUAUACUGGUUGUCUGUUUAUAAUAACAAAGAUUUUUACCUCACUGUUACUCUAAUAUAGUAAGGUUAAACGUUUGAAACUAAUGUGAACACAUUAUUUAGAUAAGUAGAAAAAUCAACUAAAGCUUAUACAAUGAAUUAAUCUGUGGUUUAAUGAAAUGACAUGUUUCUUUAUUUAUUGUGUAUAAAACAGUGCUUGAUAAGAUAAAUUUUUAACCAAAGAAGUCAGAUAUUUAUAACUAGAGAUAUGUUACUUCAGUCCUGAUGAGGAUAUCUCACCUAAGGCAGUUAUUAAUUUUUUAAUCAUGUUCUGUUUAUUUGGAAACUCUGAUGUUACAAUCAAAUGAAUGUCACCUUCCAUUGUGAUGUUUUUCCAUUUUGUAGUAUUAAAAUAAAAACAAAAAAAUCUUUAACCCUGGCUUCAUUGACAAAAACAAAGAAGAAAAGAAGAAAAAAACAACACAUUUUGUCGAAGUUAACAGAAGAACGGUUUCUUUGUGACCCUCGUUUUACCGAACACUGUCAUAUAGGACAGCACAGAGCAUUUUUGUUAUGGUUUAUUGUAUUGGUAAAUAUGUAUAGUCAAAUUUAUCAAACAGCUAAAUAAUUUUAAAAGCCAGCAGUGAAAAAAGAGAUGGUUGGAGUCAAGAUUACAAUUUAUAGUAACUGUACUUGUGAACCUGGAUGGUUGUAUGAUAAAAAGAAAGUCCAAAGUUACGAAGAAAAAUUUCAGAGAAAACUAAUAUGUUCUAUUGCAAUAAUGGAAUCCAAGGAUUGAAAAAAAAGUCAUAUCUCUGAUAUCUAAUAAACACUUCUUAUGCAAAGUUA